AUGAAGACCUUCCCGUACGACGCGGGCGAGCUUGGUGUGAGGGAGGGCACGGAGAUCCUUGUGGGGAGUUCCAGGGGAAAGGUGGUGAACACGAAGCACGACCGCGCCAUGAUCGAAGUUGGUGGACGAACCUUGGAUGUGUCGGUUCUCUUCGUCCUAGAACACGCCGUAAGGGAGCAAGGGGUGGCAACUGUGGAGGCAGCUCAGCGCAAGUUCCUGUUGUUCCUACACCAGGUAGUCGCCAUCCCGGACUUCUUCGUCCCGAACCACUACAGGAUCGAAGGGAAAGCUUCCUGCGCUCAGAGUAGGUUUACUACGGAUGCCGAGGCAGAGAUCGCCAAGCUGCAACUCAAGCAGAGGGUCAAGCCUACUGCCGAACGUCAGGGCAAGAUUACCCGCCUCCAGAAGAGGUUGGACGGCAUGACCAAGAUCAGACCGAUGAUUUGGAGGGUUCUUCGGGUAAUCUCGGUACAAGAGACGCUCCGGGUGGUGCCCGAUGAAGAGACUUUAGAAGGGUUUACCACGCGGGAAGGCUCCAUGCUAGAAAUGCUCGGUCUGAAGAGGUUUGAAGACACGGAGUACAGCUUCCACAACGGCAGCAUGGGGAUCUUCGGGAGCAAGCUCUACUUCCGUGACAAGUCAAUCGCAACGGAACUUAUCUCCACGCUGGUGCAGACUCUUCUACAGGCGUUUCGCCUCAACAGACCCGUUUGCCUCCAAUCCGCCGUCUACCCUCUCACGUUGAAGGAACUGGAAGCCGUUGCCGCGAACGUGAAGUUCGGCAAGGAGGCUUUGGAAGAUAGGGCCAAGCACUCGCAGGAUACUGAUACUGAGGCGCCUACAACGAAGACGAAGGCACUUGAAGCACUCUUGGCAGUUGAUGGCAAUUGGAUCCCGGACCUUCCUCUUUCUAUCCUUCGGACGUUGAACAGGGAGGGUGAGCUCCUUCCAACCAGCCUCGACGGCGUCUACUCCAAGACUAGGGUGCUCUUCAAGCUGCGAGAACGAUCGGUGUAUAUGGUGCCUGACAACGAUGACGGAGACAAGCCGGUGUUCGACAAAGUCUUAACGUACUUCAGGUUGGUCGCCAACAUCGUGAGGAAUGAGAAGGAGAUCUACGUAAACAACCAAGGUCAGAUUGGGCCCGGCCGGAAGUAUCAGCAAGGGAGGUUGGCAAAUCCGUGGACACUUGCCCCGCAUGUCGACUUCAUGGUCAUGAGCCUGAUAAAGGACAGGUUGAAGCCAAUCAUGGAGUUGGUUGGGGAGGACGUCGACCUGUGCUGGGAGGUGCUGAAGAAGGAGGGCCAAAACCCGGGCACCAGGGAGAACGAGAACCACCUGUUCACGCCAGAGAUCAAGGCAGCAGCGCAGAGGCUUAAAGAUAAGGGGGUCACAUGCGAAGACAUCAGUCUGUUCUCCGCGGCCCUGUACAUCAUCGACAGCUUCACCUCGGCGUGCAUCAGGAAGCAGGACAAGACGGAGAUGUGGGCAAUGAACACCUUCGUCAGGCAGGACUUGAUCGGGAUCGAAGCUGACAGGCUGGUCGACAUCCUCCCCUACGACUGCAAGAACGGCUACGCCUUGAGGAAAUCAGACGGUGGACAGAUCGCCUUGCACGCGAAAACCGAUUGA